AUGUCAGCAGUAAUCCGAAAUGACAGCUCAUUGCAUCUUCUGCGACGCAGUAGAGGGGUCAGUAUUCUGUUCUGUAAUGGCGUUCGAGAUAGACAGAACAGGCGAAGCUCUCAUUUCAGGUACUCGUUUACAUGCUGUAGCUUCGGAAUGACGAUGGCCUUUCUUUCUCACGAAGAGAUGUUGAAUUGUGUUCUGCUUUCUGCUUUUUGGUAUUGCUCUGACGACCGCAGCUCUUAUUCUUGGAAAGGGGCUUCCUCCCCGUCUUCCAUCGCACGGCCUUGA